AUUGAAAAUCUGCAGGAGCAACUUAGGGACAAAGAUAAACAACUAACUAAUCUGAAAGACAGAGUGAAGUCAUUGCAGACGGAUUCUAGUAACACAGACACAGCACUAGCAACUUUAGAAGAAGCUCUAUCAGAAAAGGAAAGAAUAAUAGAGCGCUUGAAGGAGCAAAGGGAACGAGAUGACAGAGAAAGACUUGAAGAAAUUGAAUCUUAUAAAAAAGAAAACAAAGACCUGAAGGAGAAAGUUAAUGCUUUACAAGCUGAGCUGACAGAGAAAGAGUCUAGUUUAAUCGAUCUCAAAGAACAUGCAUCUUCAUUGGCAUCAGCAGGGCUGAAAAGAGACUCCAAACUUAAGUCUUUAGAAAUAGCCAUAGAACAAAAGAAAGAAGAGUGUAGUAAGUUGGAAGCACAGUUGAAAAAGGCUCAUGAGGCUGAAGAGGAGGCACGGAUGAAUCCAGAAUUUGCAGACAGAAUGAAACAGCUUGAUAAAGAGGCAUCGUACUAUAGAGAAGAAUGUGGCAAAGCUCAGGCUGAGGUUGACAGACUUCUAGAAAUACUCAAGGAAGUAGAGAAUGAGAAGAAUGACAAAGAUAAGAAAAUUGCUGAGUUAGAAAGACAUAUGAAGGACCAAAACAAGAAGGUUGCAAAUCUGAAGCACAAUCAGCAAAUGGAGAAAAAGAAGAAUGCACAAUUGUUGGAAGAAGUUCGUAGGAGAGAGGACAAUAUGACUGACAACUCUCAACAUUUGCAA